AUGAAGCACCGCUUUGCGCAGUGCUUCCUCGGCAAAGCUGCCACAUGGCAUGAGCAGAGUCUUUCCGACGCCGACCGAAUGGCGUACACCUCCGCACCGAUUAUGGAAGCAUGGUACGAUGCGCUUCGCGAGCGAUUCUCGAUGCCAGUCACAGAGGCGCGCGGGGUCUAUAACAAGCUCGCGUGCACGCUUUACGAUGUGUACGACCGAAAGGAUCCCGACGAAUUCCUGCAAAAAAUAGUGGUCUAUAGCCAGGAAGCCUGCGAGGCGACCACAGAACAGGCACAAGCCCAAGCAGCCUACAAUAAGCCUUGCGCCCUCUCUACAGCUCACGUUAGCGCCUCCGACAAACCAGACGACUAUCACGGAAUUCGCCAGCAAGUCAACGCGCGGAAAAGCCAAUGGUUCUCGUAG